AUGCCCCGCCCUGCCGUACCUACUUCCUCCAUCGAUCCUGACGUCUCGCAGUCACUGCUCGUCUCUCUGAUUGUUGCGGGUGUUUUCGUCGUUUACAACCUUCUUUAUGAACUGGCUGGACUCCCGCCGCUCUGGGAGCUGAUCUUCGUGAUGAUCCCGGGGUUAUUGCUAGGUCCUAGAGCUCGUGAGACGCUGGAAAACGCCUUUGGCAUCUCGACGGAUGGCGGUUUGGGCAUUGUGGCUCGAGUUCGGAAUCGUGCUGCCAGCCUCGUGGGCGGACAGUUGGUCCCUGCGGGAUACUCCCCGGAUGGGGAAGGUUUGAUCGGGGGGCUGUGGAAUUCUGGGAACACCUGUUACCAGAACUCAGUUUUACAGGUAAUGGCCUCGGGUGUUUUCUUGGGUGCCGUGCUUUGGGUCUUGUGUGUUGACUUAGCAAACAAUGUACCAGGCUAUGGCUUCGCUCUCGCAUCUCAAACCGUAUCUCGCGUCGCUCUCGCUCUCGGAACUGGAGGAUGGAAUGACGCCAUCUGGGGCUCUCAUCUCACUGAUCGCCGACCUCAAUACGCUCACCUCUGGUCCCCGGGCGUCUACACCUUCGCCGAUUAUCGUACGGGGAACCGAUAAUUCCGGAUGGGUUUACAACGAGCAGCAGGAUGCGCAGGAAUUUUUUCAGAAACUCACGGGAUCUUUGGAGAAGGAAGUCUCGAGGUUUUUGAAGCGGCGCAAGGAAAGCAUCGCGAGAGGCUUGGAAAGUGUACGGGAGUUGGAGGAAGUUGAUGGGAAGAAAGCGCUGGUUUCGGGCGCCGACUCGGAUGCAGCGAUUGCGAAGGAUUUGCGAAGUCCUUUCGAGGGAUUGUUUGCACAGAGAGUAGGCUGUCUGCAAUGUGGAUAUGUGGAGGCUAUAAGUUUGCAGCCAUUUACUAGUUUGUCGCUAUCUCUCCCGUCUCAAGUAAGUGUUCCUGUCGUCCUCGUGCUUGAGCCUCACUAAGAUGUUGCGCAAGCGGAGCUGUUCUCUGGAAGAGUGUCUGUCGGGUUUCACAGCAAUAGAGGAAAUCCACAAAGUGGAUUGCGAUAAAUGCACGAUUUUAUCCCUCUGUAACAGACUCGGUCACUUCCUUGAGCCGCUUGCCGAACCCAAAACACCAUCUCCGACCCUCCAGGAAUCAACCAGGCUCGAAAUGCAACAGCGUCUCACCGCUCUCCUGCAAGCAAUAGAGGAAGACAACUUUUCCCCAAAUGUGCCUGGAGUAAAGAUCUCUCCAAAGCAGAAGAUCUCAUCGACAAAAACAAAACAAACCAUGAUUGCUCGCCCCCCACCGAUACUGGUGCUGCACUUGAAUAGGAGUCAAUAUGACAUAAUGACAGGUCUGACUGGCAAGAACCACGCUGUAGUAUCAUUCCCCGCGCGCCUCGACCUAGGCAAAUCCGGAGCGGUCACAAGACAUGAUACCGCAGACGGAAGCUGUGGCCUAACUGUAGAUCCGGCAUCGCCCAUGUCCGGGUGUGUGCCUAGGCGGGUGGAAGAGCCCAUGGCAAGCCCUCAGGAUUCUGGGGACGCGAACAAGAAGAUGCAGCAGGAAGACUUCGUCCGGGGGAACGAUCCCGAGGGGGUUCUCUACGAACUGAAGAGCGUAGUGGUGCAUCACGGUGGCCACCAUAACGGGCACUACACCUGCUACCGAAAACUCCACAAUACAUGGUUCAAAACUAGUGAUCACGAGGUCUAGUGCGUAGCCCUAACCCUACGUAAUAUUUCCACUCUGGAUGAGGUACUCACAUCCGCGUGAUACAGUGUCGUCGAGGAGAGCACCGUCCUCAACAUCGGAAAAGUAUUCAUGCUAUUUUACGAGCGCUUGAGUGAUUCCCAUGGGAACGGGAACGCAAAGCUCGGAUAUAACUUUUUAGUAAACGGUGGACUUGGUGCUGUGUUUGUUGCCGGCAGCUGCCGUAGUAGUGAACCAGACUACGGCAUCGACGACGACGACGAGCAGCACCCAAAUUCCAACGGCACUGUUAUACCUCCCGGGCAGGAUUUCGUCCCCGGGAGCACUUCCUCCUCAUCUACACACAACCCCGAAAUCACACACCCCACCAGUCCAAAUCCACCCCCGGACCCGCCCGGGGAAGCUAGCGAAGAUGCGCGCACGCUUGUGGAAGAAUACCUAGCUGCGCUGGAAACAUAUACUUUACUUUGCGGCACUCCGACAUCGACUCUUUUUGCCGGUCAAGCAGCACCACCACAGGUGGAAACGGAUGGGCCAAUCCCUGAAAUCUCUACGACGACAAAAACUAGUGCGGAGCUUAACCCAAGCUCGAGUUCCCGUGCCCAUACUUUCUCACCGCCGGUGGCCGCGGAACCAACGACAAAUAGCGUCCGCAGACGGAAGGGUGAAGGCGAGAUAGCGUCCGCCAAUGGGUCUGCCACCUCUGCCUUGCCCAUGUUAUUGAGAAAAGCGCAGGAGGAGCUCAUCCCUGGUACAACCCCAUUCUUUCCCAUCCCUUGAAUCUGUUCUUCUAGCUAACAAGAAAAAGCAACAACAGCCCCAACCAUAUCCUCCGCUUUGCAAACCCUACAAUCCCUCGAGACACGUAUAGUUUCAGAUUCAGAAGCUUCAUCGCUACUACAGGGAAGGUAUAAACAGCGGGCUCAGGGGAUUGUAACCUAAUAUUUCCUUUCACUUUUCUUUUCCCUUCAUAAUAGCUUCUUUUCUGAUAAUUAGUUUUUAGUCUUUUUCUUUUUCUUUGUUCCUUUUUAUCUGACUCGGUUCUUGUUUGUUACUUGGGUUUGUGCGGGCGCAUUGGGGUGGCGGUUUAGAGUCUUUUAUCUUCUUCCAUCUCUUUAAUAUUCUUUUUACUGUAAUGUGGGUAGAGAUUUUAUGCCUUGUACUUUAUUCCCAUAGGGCAGUAGGAUAGGGUAGAGCGCGGGUGUAUAUAUGCUAGGCGGGUAGUUGUGGAUUACCACAGGGGGGGAACGAAGGGAUGAAGGGAGAUAGAGGUUUAAUAAUGGACUAACGUGUAGGAGGGGGAAGGGGGGGAAUGGGUUUAGUCUUGUGAACCAAAUGAUAUGAUGAGCUGCUUAACCUGGCACAGGGAGCUUGAACCGGA